GCAAGAAAGGACUAUGGACUGCUAUGCGAAGCCGUGGCCGAGAAUGGAUCGGCACAGCUCUGACCCUCCGUGGCGAUGCCGCUGAAGAAGCAGUCGUUGGCAACCCUGCCGACUUCAACAGCAUCACACCCGAAAAUGCUCAGAAGUGGGAAUCGAUCGAGCCUUCCCGCAACAACUUCACUUUUGCGGACGCAGAUCGCCAUGUUGAGUGGGCAAUGUCGAGAGGGUACAAGGUCCACUGCCACAAUCUCGUCUGGCACAGCCAAUUGCCCGCCUGGGUCUCCGAGGGUGGCUUUGACAACGCUACUUUGAUCUCCAUCAUGGAGAACCACAUCAACAAGCUGGCUGGCAGAUACCGAGGGAAGUGUGCGCAGUGGGAUGUCGUCAAUGAAGCCCUCAACGAAGACGGCACCUACCGCGAAUCCGUUUUCUACAACACCAUCGGCGAAGCCUACCUCCCCAUGGCCUUCCGCAUGGCCCGCAAAGCCGACCCUCACGCCGAACUCUAUUACAACGACUACAACCUCGAAUACAACAAUGCUAAAACCCUCGGUGCUCAACGUAUCGUCAAGCUCAUCCAAUCUUACGGCGUCAAGAUCGAUGGUGUCGGACUGCAAGCCCACUUGACUGCCGAACCUACUCCUUCUGCUCCUACCGGAACUACACCUAGCCAAGAUGUUCUGGAGACUGUUCUGAGAGGUUACACCAAAUUGGGCGUUGAUGUCGCUUACACUGAGAUCGAUGUGCGAUAUUCUACUCCUGGAAACGCUACUAGUGUGGCAAAUCAGAAGAAGGCUUAUGAAAGGAUUGCCGCGAGCUGUUUGGCUGUGAAGAGGUGUGCGGGGAUGACUGUCUGGGGUGUCAGCGACAAGUACUCUUGGAUUCCUGGCGUCUUCCCUGGCGAGGGAGAAGCUAAUCUUUGGGAUGAGAACUUCCAGAAGAAGCCGGCUUAUGAUGGGUUCUUGAAGGGUAUUCAGACUGGUGGGAAGAAGUAGGGACGCCGUUGGAAGACCUCCUGCUCGGACUUGAGUAUUCGAUUCCGCAGAUCAUAUACGCAACUACGAAAUGACACGGAAC